UAGAAAGACAAAUCUGAUCGAAAAGGGCUAAACAUGCUCCCGCCAGCUCCCUGUGUGCCCAACUACCGGAUAUUGAUCUGACAUCAGCUAAUUCCUAGCAUCGGGGCAAUCAGAGACAAUGGGCGAUAGCACAGCACAUCGAUGCGUCACGCCAGUAAUUGAUAUCGGUGACAUACCGCUUCACAGCACGUCAUAUUAAGCCACCUUUUUUAUCGGCGUAAGAGCAAAUCGUGUAUUCUGUGUCUGUUAGCUAUAUUACUGAUCCGAAUCUACGAACAUCAGGGUGUCCACAGGUUCAUUUGUAAUAAUUGUUUUGCUGGCUACUCAUUGUUACUCUUUUUUACCGGAAUUUCUCUCAUUAUUUUGGGAUGUUAGACUAUGCAGUGAUGCUCCAUAGACGCGCAGGUCCUAUAGAUCGAACAAUUGUGGGAGUUAGACGCACCUUCAUCCCCACCCGCUCUUUGUUAUCUGUUUCCGGAAGUGUCGCUUAUAACCUCCCCCAUUCUUGAUUUUUUCAAUCGUCGGCACUCGCUUUCAGAAGCGUUGCUUAAUUCAGUCACCCUUCCUCCUUCAAUUUUUAAUCACCAGCAACAGAUACGAACAGAGGAAAGCUGCUUCAAAACUAAUCAUUUUUCCUUCCAAAUUACUCAUUUUUCUCAUUUGUUCUUCGACAUCUCCAGCCCGUGAACAUUAUGACGAACGUCAGUCAAUUCAAAGCACAUCAAGAAACAUUUCUUAAGCUUUAUAGCGGCGACGGUACACUGGUAUUGAUAUUACUUUAAAAGGCUACUUAGGUGCUACUGAUCUUAAAGUCGUUGAUCUCCAUGCUGACUCAAAAGAAGUGGAAGACCGUUCAGUAUGGAGAGAUAUAAUGCUGGCAACCAAGAUGACUUCAGCCUUAGAAAGAAGGGAUAUCUUGGAUACCUUAAUACUUGGAAUUGAAGUCGGAGAAGAUGUUCCUGGAUUGCCAACCUGGUUGCAAAAAUGUAUGAAAAUGUGGGAGCGUACUCUGAAAUUUGUUCAGCCAGUCUUUUAUGGAGUAUUUCCGAAAACCAAACCACCUGGAGCCAAGGCAAUGAAGCUGCCAUUCAAACUUCCACUAGUUCAUAUCAAUGUCGGCACUAUUUACAAGAUUGUUAAACACUGCAUCAAUGUAAUACUGUAUCCUCCGCUAUUGGUGAGUGAUAUAAGGAAUUCACCAAAGGAGCUCGUAAAAGCAGGGAAAUAUAUCAUGAGAGGUGAAAAGAAGCUGAUGAAAGUUAUACCUAAAAGUCUCCCGAAAAUUUUGCAUUGGUUAGAGGAUUUCCCGAAAAAGCUGUCGAAUGGAACAAUAAAAGUACCUUUUUUUUUGAGACAUAUUUUACAACACGGGCAAUCUAAAAAGUCUCUAAAGUCUAAAAGGUCCAAGAAGAGAUACAAUUUGAACUUCGAUUAUAUGAAUAUGCUAGGAAAGGUAUUGCAGCAUCCCCAUAUGGGUGAUGAGCCUCCUGAAAAGAGGAACAAACAGUUGAAAAAAAUAGUCAAAUCUUCAGAAACUUAAAUUAUAUUUAUAUUAUAUAAAUAAAUUGUAUAUAUGGAGGAAUUCAA